AUGUCUAAUGGUUGCCCCUGUGAGAGUUGUAAAAUAUGUCUAUUGGUUGCCCCUGCACAAGAAGGUGGUCCAAAUGGUGUGUCGUCAAGACCAAUUGCAUUCCAACCAAUUGGCACUAUCACCACCGAUUUCAACUCCACCUGGCCAUCCUACAAGGGACUUUUGCAGGUGGUUGAAAUGACACAUGCGGGUGGACCAAAUGGUGUGUCGUCAAGACCAAUUGCAUUCCAACCAAUUGGCACGAUCCCCACAGGUUUCAACUCCACCUGGCAAUCCUCCAAGAGAGUUUUGCAGGUGAUUGAAAUGACACAUGCAGGUGGACCAAAUGGUGUGUCGUCAAGACCAAUUGCAUUCCAACCAAUUGGCACGAUCCCCACAGGUUUCAACUCCACCUGGCAAUCCUCCAAGAGAGUUUUGCAGGUGAUUGAAAUGACACAUGCAGGUGGACCAAAUGGUGUGUCGUCAAGACCAAUUGCAUUCCAACCAAUUGGCACGAUCCCCACAGAUUUCAACUCCACCUGGCAAUCCUCCAAGAGAGUUUUGCAGGUGAUUGAAAUGGUUGAAUUGUAG